CAACAAACAAGAAUCUUAUUUUCUUAUAUGUUGACGUUUGACCGCGUAGCAAGUGAAAGUGUCACGUCAGUCGAAAUACUGUCAGAUUCCUGAUAGUCUUUAUAUUUGUUGGCUCCGUUUGAAUUUAAAGUUCUGUUUUAGGUUAAAACCGGGAAGAUGGGUGUAAAACCUGCAAUUGGAAGAAAAUCUAACAAGAACCCCCCAUUUUUCAGUCACGACUUCGUGAUUCAAAACCAUGCCGAUAUUGUUUCAUGUAUAGUGAUGGUGUUUUUGGUGGGAUUAAUGGUGCAGUCGACAAGCCCAGUUGCAAGUUUAUUUAUCAGCCUACAUCAUAAUGUUACUGGUGUAGAACCGUCACGCGAAAUACCGAGAGGAGAGCCUUUCUUAUAUGAAAGUGGUUGGAAAGAUGCUUGUGCUAUAUUCUUUUACUCCUUGGUUUGCAUCGUUAUGCACGCCAUACUCCAGGAGUACUUCUUAGAUAAAAUAUCAAAGAAAUUUCAUUUGUCUAAGUCAAGACUGUCUGCUCUCAAUGAAUCAGGUCAACUUAUUCUAUUUCAACUUAUGACUUUGGUUUGGGGUGGAGAUGCUAUUCUUCGGGAAGGAUUUAUCUUCAAUAUUUCACUUCUGUGGGAUGGUUACCCAAACCAUCCAAUGAGCUUCCUAUUGAAGUUAUGGUGGAUAGUUCAAGCAUCAUACUGGAUCCAUACAAUCCCAGAGUUGUACUUCCUGCGUAUCAAGAAGGAUGAAUGGUCAGGCCGAAUUAGACACGCUAUUGUUGCAUUUGCAUUUUUAGCUAUGGCAUAUUGUUUCCAAUUCCAGAGGGUCGGUGUUUGCUUGGUUGUCUUGCAUUCUCUAUCUGAAUUUGUUAGCCAUACCUAUCGUCUCAACAACAUCCUCCGAGGUGAAAAAGAAGACUAUCUAGACAAAAUCAUGGGGUUAUUAAACGGCAUUGUGUUUGUGGUUGUUCGUCUUUGCUCUCUGGUUCUUGGAGUGUUGACAUUCUACUUUGGAGUGGCUGGUGCGGCACCAUUAUUGUUACGUAUUGGUGCUCUAUCAGUUCUGGUCUCAUUCCAGGUUUACUUGAUGUUCAACUUCAUUUCUGAAGCUAUUAAGCAACGCCAGGAAGCUCGUCAGCUUGCUCAGGCCCGGCCAAAGAAGGAGAAAAAGGAAAAACCUAAAAAAGAAAAAGUAAAAAAAAUCCAUAAUGAAGAGUCAGACCUGCCAGAGGUUGAUCAAAACACAAAUAAGACUCUCCGACAGCGGCAAGCUGCUACUGUAAAGACUAAGUAAAUGCGCACAUCCUACCCGUCAACUUGGAAUAACAUAGGUUGUCCCCUUCCGACAUAAAAUACACAUAUUCUCCCCCAUAUAUUUUUAGUUUAACUUCCUUAAAUGUCUAUGCACAAAGGGAAAUGUGUAUUAUAAUAUAUGUCUAUAAUAACAAUACUUAGGAUAAGACAUCCUUAAAAACGUCUAAUGAAAUUUUUGUCUGAGAUUGGUAUAUGACUUUUUUAAAUGCAUGUGUGAGUUCAUGACAAUUUAUUUUACCACCCUAUAGUAACAGUUGUAUGAAUGUAAUGGUGUCGAGGUAAUUGAAACCGUCAUUAGACUAUGAAGCGCACUAUUGUCAUUAUGUGUAGUGGAAACAGGGUUGUAAAAAUAUCUCUUUAAAAUGUAAAAAAAAAAAAACUUAAAAUAUAGGUUAAAAUGUUGUUUAUAUGAAUA